CAAUACACGUUCUAUGAGCUCAUAGUGAACAAGGCCCGCGGGAAGAGUGGUCCGCUGUUCCACUUCGACGUGCAUGAUGACAUUCGCACCACGGGGGAUGCCACCAUUGAGAAGGACGAGUCACAUGCGGGAAAGGUGGUGGAGCGCCACUGGUACGACAAGAACAAGCACAUCUUCCCCGCCUCGCGAUGGGAGAUAUACGAUCCGACAAAGAAGUGGGACCGAUACACCAUUCAUGGUGAUUGA